CCUUUCUCCAUGGCAGUCCCCCUUCCCCUCCCUAGACCCCCUGUUCCCUCUUUUUCCUGUCCCCGCUUCCUCCUCCCCCCCUUCCCGCGCCUUUCUUUCUCCCGCCCGGCCACCCCGUCCACCGCCAUGGCCUCCACGUACCGGUCGUACGCGACCAUCCCCGACGUCGAGGACCCCUCCAUCAACGGCCAUCAGCCUUCCGAGCAGGGGUUCUACCAGAAUGCCCCGCUCACGACGGCCGAGUCGCGCCCGGGCUCCACCUCCCACGAUGAUGAGGAGAACACCGGGUACCUGGACGAUGCGCAGGCCCUCCUGUCGGAUGAGGGCACCUCGGUGGCCGCGCCGGUCCGUUCGGCUUCCUUCUUCUCGUCCUUCAUCAACCUGGCCAACACCAUCAUGGGGUCCGGCAUGCUGGGUCUGCCGUAUGCCAUCUCCAAGAACGGCCUUGUCCUCGGCCCGAUUCUGCUGGUUGUCAGUGCUUUCUUCUCCGCCUUCGGCCUCUACCUCCUGGUCCAGUGCACCGAUCGCCUGAAGCAGGUCGGCGAAAAGGACACCCCCUCGUACUACACUUGCACGCGUCACUCGUACCCGAGCCUGGCCGUCCUGGUGGAUGCGGUUGUCUUUGUCAAGUGCAUUGGUGUUGCUGUCUCCUUCCUGGUCAUCAUUGGGUCCCUCAUGCCCGACAUCAUUACCUUCUUCUUCCACAUCGAUCCCACCAGUGGCAGCAUCUGGGUUUCCCGGGCCUUCUGGGUGCUCAUGUGGGGGCUUGUCAUCAUCCCGACCGCGUUCCUCAAGCAGCUGAACUCCCUGCGCUUCACCUCUGCCCUUGCCCUGACGGCCAUCAUCUACCUGGUGGGCCUGGUGAUUGUCUUCUUCAUUCGCGAGCCGCAUGUCCCCUCCACCGAGCUGGAUCUCUUCCGUCUUGACACCUCCUUCUUCCAGGUGAUGACCAUUUAUGUGUUCGGCUACACCUGCCACCAGAACAUCUUCUCCAUCUACCUCGAGAUCACCAACCCCUCCAAGGGCCGCAUCAAUGGUGUCAUUGGCUCCUCCAUCGGUACCGCCCUCGGCGUGUACACCCUGAUCUCCCUGCUGGGAUACAUCCAGUUCGGAUCCGGCAUCAAGGACAACAUCAUGAACAACUACCCCACUGAUAACACGGCGGUCACGGUUGGCCGCAUCUUCCUUGUCAUCCUGGUGGCCUUCUCGUAUGCCCUGCAGUCGCACCCGGCCCGCAUCUGUGCCGACAACCUGUACCAGUCUUUCAUGCGCAGCGCCAUGAAGAAGGAGGUCGGCUCCCUUUCUCAGGCUCGGUUCUACAUCAUUACCAUCUCCAUCAUCGCGGUCACCUUCACCAUCGGUGCUCUGGUGGAGGACCUGUCCAAGGUCCUGUCCUUCGUCGGUGCCAUUGGCUCCACCACCAUGUGCUACAUCCUGCCCGGCGUCUUCUUCAUCAAGAUGCAUGGUGGUCUCUUCCCGCUCAACACCAUGAAGGUCCUCUCGGUGCUUGCCAUUUGCAUUGGCUGCUUCGUCAUGCCCACUGCCCUGGUGUUCAUCUUCUACACCCCGCCGGUCUGAAGGGGGCCUCGGGAUGGUGCUCCCUCCCCCCUCGCCUGCCCUCAUACUGCUUCAGGAUGGGAGAGGAGACGUCCGUAUGUGUAGGGGAGGAAUCCCCCCCCCCCCCCCCCC